UCCACUCCACUGCCGAAUUGUCCGCCCCUCACUCUCCAACUUAUUUUAUCUGUAGUCAAUGCAACUCAACCAAAACAGAGUCAAUUUUCGGAAUUCUAAUGGCGGAGGCCAAGCUUUUUGAACUUAACAAUGGCUCUAUGCGUGUAAUCGUCUCCAAUUAUGGAUGCACCAUCACCUCUCUCUUUGUACCUGACAAACAUGGCAAAUUGGCCGAUGUAGUUCUUGGAUUUGACACAAUUGAGCCAUAUCAGAAAGGAGAUUCUCCUUACUUUGGGUGUAUUGUGGGUCGGGUGGCAAAUAGGAUCAGAAAUGGGAAGUUUACACUCAAUGGAGUCGAGUAUUCAUUGCCUAUUAACAAUGGACCCAACAGUCUCCAUGGUGGGAACAAGGGAUAUGAUAAGGUCAUCUGGGAAGUGGCUGAAUAUAAGCAGGGUGAUACACCAUCAAUCACCUUUAAGUAUGACAGUCUCGACGGGGAAGAAGGUUAUCCAGGUGAUGUUUCUUUCAGCGCAACGUACACGCUCACAUCCAAGACUACAAUGAGGCUCGACAUGGAAGGUGUGCCGAAGAAUAAGGCAACGCCAAUCAACCUUGCACAACACACCUAUUGGAAUCUAGCCGGUCAUGAAUCUGGAACAGUUCUAGAUCACACUAUUCAGAUAUGGGCGGAUCACAUCACUCCCGUAGAUCAGAACACUGUUCCAACCGGUGAGAUCAUGCCUGUCAAAGGCACGCCGUUCGACUUCACUACUGCAAACAAGAUUGGCAGCCGUAUCAACGAGGUUGGUAUAGGCUACGACCACAACUAUGUUCUUGACUGCGGGGAGGAAAAAUCAGGCUUGAAGCACGCUGCAAAGUUGAAGGAUCCUGCUAGCUCGAGGACUCUUGAUCUGUGGACCAAUGCUCCUGGUAUGCAGUUUUACACUGCAAAUUACGUGAGCGGAAUUGUUGGUAAAGGCGGUGCUGUGUAUGGAAAGCAUUCGGCCGCUUGUCUGGAGACGCAGGGAUUUCCGAACGCCAUCAACCAGCCAAACUUCCCUACCGUUGUCGUCCAACCGGGAGAGAAGUACAUUCAUAGUAUGGUGUUUGAAUUCUCAACCGAGUAGGUUUGGCACGUUUGUGGGAAUAGGGGAAACGAAUCAAUGGCGACAACAAGGUUCAACGCUGAGAAGUUCAAAGGCAAACACAACUUCAGCCUUUGGUGCAUCAAAAUGAAGGCCAUGCUCGUGCAACAAUGGUGUGUGGAUGCUUUAAAGACCGAUCCUGGGAGUAGAAUGUGGUAGAAGGUGAUUAUAAGACCACCAUCAAGAGGGUUGAGAUCAUGGAGAAGGCACACAACGCAACUAUUUUGUCUCUCGCCAAUAAAGUUUUGCAGGAAAUGUCGAAAGAGAGCACAACCGCUGCCGUAUGGUUCAACCUUGAAAGUUUACACUAUAUGACUAAGUAAUUGGAUAAUACAAUGUGAAUGUACGAACUAAGGCCAUGAAGCAAGGACCUCAAAUGUCAUUUUCUUUUCUAGGGAAAGCGAAUGUAUGAACCCAAUUGAUUAGAA